UUCAGCCACGCACUUUGUUCAGUGAUGACGGUGGUAGCAGGUUCUCGUGCAAGAAUCCAAUAGGAAAACCCCACACAGAGAGAGUGUUUGAGAAAGAGAGAGGAAUCAAGUUGUAAAACCGUGUGUAUCCCCACUGGAAAAUCAUCCAUUUCCCCGGGUGUUUUUGGUGGUGCAACAAGGAAAUCUCCUGAGGAAGCAGCUGCAGCAUCUCACAGAGUUUCUUUUUUGGGAGAGAAUUUUCUUGGCCGUGCGGUCUCGCGCAUUGCUUGGACGGAAGGAACGAAAAAAAAAACCAAAUUGCAUGGACUGUCGUGAAAAAGACUUUUCUGUGUGAGCGAGAAGGAGUGUGUGUGUUUGAGAAUUUUCCUUGUUGUGUGUAUUGGUGAAAAGUCCCGUGGAAUUUGCAGCCAAAAGUGUGUUUGUUUGGUGGAAAAGCACUGGGAAAUUCUUUUUCCAACUCUUCAAGUUUUUUCUCGUGGUUGAGGGGGGUACACAGAGAGACCCACGGGUGUGGACUCGGUGCGGUGAAGAGCGAGGAACACUCUCAAAAGGCGGGGGUGUGCGAAAAAAAGUGCGUACGAAACGGGGGGUUUUCCAAGCAACAUAACCCAUCAAGAGUGAAUUUUCACACCGACAAGAGGAGAAAAGAAGGGAAGCACAAUGGCGUUCAAUGGUGGAAACAGCGGCGGCACAAGUGCCAGCAGCGGCGGCUCCGACGGCCCCCACAACAAGCGACUCUGCACCCGAAAUUCGACAGACGCCACCACUGAGGGUGGUCACAGCAACAACAAGACUAUCAUUGGAAACAAUACAGCAGAUGAGCCAAGGAGGAAAAGACACGAUUUGGCCAGACCAAAUCACAUUCUACUAUUCACAGUCAUCAAUCCUCUUUAUCCAAUCACAGUGGAAGUUCUUCACACAAUUUCACAUCCAUACGGCCAAGUGCAGCGCAUUGUGAUAUUUAAGAAGAAUGGCGUCCAAGCGAUGGUUGAAUUUGACAGUAUUGAAUCCGCCACAAGAGCCCGUGAUAAUCUCAAUGGAGCUGACAUCUAUUCGGGAUGCUGCACACUCAAGAUUGAUUACGCAAAGCCUGAGAAGUUGAAUGUGUAUAAAAAUGACAGCGAUACGAGCUGGGAUUUCACGUUAACUGUGAAAGAAGUGGGAAAUGGGAGAUCACCUUUACUGCAAGAUCCCCUCUAUGGAUCACGUCCACAGCCAUACACGAAGACAAUGGGUGAACCAGUAGCCAGAAAGAACAAACCACCACUUCUGGGUCCAGGAUCAACGACAUUUCCCGGAUAUGGACCAUCGGAGUUCCAUCAAACCACAGAGAGUUGGAAACAGGCACCAACACAUGCGGGGAUUAUCAAAGAAACACCCGGAAUGGGACCUGCGGCGAGGAAUCCCAGUGUGAAUUUUGUAUCACAGGGACAACAGCAGGGUGCUGUGAUGAUGGUGUAUGGUCUCGAUGGGCAGACAUCUAAUACGGAGAAGCUCUUCAAUUUGGUCUGCCUAUAUGGGAAUGUUGCUAGGAUAAAAUUCUUGAAAACCAAAGAAGGAACCGCCAUGGUUCAAAUGGGAGAUUCCGUGGCGGUUGAGCGAUGUGUGCAACAUCUCAAUAACAUUCCCGUCGGUAAUAAUGGCAAAUUACAGAUUGCCUUCUCGAAGCAAAAUUUCCUGUCUGAGGUCACGAAUCCAUUCAGUCUUCCAGAUCAUACGCCCAGCUUCAAAGAAUUCACAGGAUCAAAGAAUAAUCGCUUCCUAUCGCCAACACAGGCGAGCAAGAAUCGUAUUCAACCGCCGAGCAAGAUUUUGCACUUUUUCAACACACCACCGGGACUCACCGAGGAGCAAUUGAUAGGGAUUUUCAAUAUUAAAGAAGUUCCACCGACCGCCGUGAGGAUGUUCCCACUCAAAACGGAACGCUCAUCGUCUGGCCUAAUUGAAUUCUCCAGCGUAGCUCAGGCUGUUCUGGCCAUCAUGAAGUGCAAUCAUGUACCCAUCGAGAGUAAAGGCACUAAAUUUCCAUUCAUCAUGAAGCUGUGCUUCUCAUCGUCCAAAAGCAUGAAUGGCACAUGGUCAGCUGAGAACAAUGGCGAGAAGAUGAAUGGGGAGAAUUAGGCGGUAUGUUGCACCUGGAGAUGCAAAUGCAAAAUAAAAAAAAGAAAAACCCCGUCUCACAUCGGAAGCAACAAUUGUACAUUUAGACGGUAUAAAAAAAAUCAUACAUCAAUGAUGUAUGCUAUUCAAAGGAGACUACAUAUAUACAUAUAUAUUAUACAUACUGACGACAUUGAGAUUGUUUUAUCUCGCGGUGUUUAAAUUUUAGUUUAAUGAAAGGAAUUAAAGAAAAAAAAAAGAUAAAUGAAGAAAUCUCUUAGAGAUAAGAGAUGUUAAAAGGAAUCAUUAUUAUGCAUACUCCUAACAGCAAUAUAUCAUGUUUUGGAAACAAACAAAAAAAAAACAUUUUAUUGACAAAAUACUGAGAAAAAAAAUUAACCAUAUCAAAAAAUGGUGAGACACCGAAAUUUGUAAUAAUGUUAUGUCGUGAAAAACACAAAUAAUAAUUUUAAAAUUAUUUUUAGUAAAUCUACAAAGAUUUUUUUUAUUUGUAUUUGUGAAAUGAUGAAAAUACAAAAAAAAAUAAUGCGUGUGUAUCGAAAUUGGAGGUUUUUUUUUUGUAAUAAACUAACAACAGAGUAUUUCUUAAAUAUUUGUGGUAUAAAAAAUGUACAUUAAUUUAAUUUUCAUUUAGCAUUUUACUCCCUUUAUCCUCUUAUAUCGUACCUUUUUUUUUAUUUUUCAAUAUUAUUGCAAUAUAUUAUACAAUUCUACAAUGAAUUUAAUUUUUUUUUUAAUGAAACUUAGCGGCUAAAAAAAACAUGUGGAAUAUCGAAAUGUGAAGUGCAAGACAUCACAAAAAAUAAUUAGCAAUUAAUUAGUUCCUUUUUUUGUUAUAUAUUUAAUUGAAAAAAAAUUGUUCUUUGCGUAGUGUUCUUUUUUGUGCAUUAACUUAAUUUAUUUACUUGUUAUACAUGAGUUUUAUGUGAGGUUUUUAUUCGGAAAAUUAAGCGUGGGAGAACGAAUGGGGAGGGUUGUUUGAGUGCGCAAUCAACAACAUUUUGAGAAAAUAAAAGAUUUUUUUAGUUUGUUCUUUAUUUUAUUGCAUUAAAAAAGUAUUUUCUCGUAAUGCCGUGUUUUUCAUUUUGAGAGAAAAAAAUAUUCUCAUAAGACGUCCGAAAAAAAAUUGAUUUAUUUAUAAAUUACUCCUGCUCAUUUUUUUGUUAUUGUUUAUUUAUUUUUCCUUUAAGAAAUUACAAAAAUAUAUAUAUUUUCCCCAUUUUUUUUUUAUUUAUUUAUCUUAACACGUGAUUCUGAGCAAUGAGAAGAGAUGCUGAAAAAAAUGGCAAAAUACACCAACAACACUAUAGUGAGAAAAUGAGAAAACCUUAAUUGAUUGGAAAGUAUUAUUAAAAGUUAAUCACUUUAUUAAUGUGCUAAAAGAAUUAAAGAAAAAAAAAUAGUUAAAUAACAAAAGAAGAAUGAAUAUUAUUUCUAACAUAUCUCUGAAAGAAAAUGUAGAAUUUGCGCUACAAUGGCGUAAUUAAAUGAGAAUGAAUAUUUCAUGAGGAAUAAUAAAAAAAAAUCUAUGGGAAAAUAAGAAAAAAAAAUACACGUGGUCCAAUAUUUAAAAAUGAAGAAAUAUCACUAUAGAGAAAAGCUAAAUGAAACAAAAUAUUAAGAAAAAAAAAACAUCUAAAUAAAAACCCUUAGAGAAGAUUUAAUGGAAGUGUACAUAGAACCACUUUUAACUUUUUUGAUGACUCACCAGAGUUUUAAUAUAUUAUUAUUAUAAAAAAAAACUAAAUUACAUACUCUCUUUACAAAGAAAAAAAAGAAUAGUAAAAAAAGAAAAGAAAAGAUGAGAACAAGAACCUAUUUAGGAGGGCGAUAAGAGAAUUAUUGUGUAAUUUUUAAAUGAGAAUUUUUAAAAAUAACAAGAACUUAAAAUAGUGCAAAAAAGUAAUUAUGAAAGUCGUGCAAUAUUUUCUGAAAAUGAAUUUAGAAUGGAGACGGUGUGACACACAAAAAAAAACGAACCAAUUUGUUAAGAGCAUGAAAAUGAUAUCACACAAUAAAUUCACGUCAAACAAGAUUUUUAAAUGAAAAGAAAAAGAACUAUACCUAUCAAAAAAAAAGAAAGAAACAUAUUGAGAAAUUUGUGAUUGGGCAAACAUAUCACAAUAAAAAAAAAUUUAUUUAAAUAUCCAAAUUCUUGACGUGAUUCUUUUUUUGAAAAAUAAUUUUCAAAAUCUUUAUCUAAAAUUCUUCUUUUUUUUAUCCCGGGUUUGACGAACACGACCAGAAAACAAAUACAAAAUAUUUCAGUAAUUUUAUUGAAUAUUUAAAAUUAAAACAAAAAUCUUUUUUAACGGAAGAAAUUCAACAAUAAAAUCGUAUCACACAGAAAUACAAAAUAUAAAAAAAGAAUAAUUCUGUGUACCAUAGAAGCAUAUCUUUGUAGUGUUUUAGCAAAAUGACGGGAAAGGUUUGAAGGAAAAAAAAGAUUAAGAAGUGUAAAUGAAUUUUAAGCGAUAAUUUGAAAAAAAAAAUAUCCGUUUUAGAUAAAAGAAAAAUUAACAAAGAAACUCAAAGAAAACUUACCACAGUUGGAUGUUUUUAAAUCGAUGAUUUUGACGGAUUAAAGGAUUUUUUUGACCAAUUAAAAAAAUUAAAUUUUCCCUGGAAAAUUUUGCAUUAUUUUUUUUUGUUUACUAAUCAAAACAAAUUAGAAAAAAAAUACGUAUAGAAGGAAAAAAAUUCGCCUCCUAAUGUCUGGCCUAAAAGAAAUUCUAAUUCACGGAGUUUAUGAGAAAUAUUUAGACAACCCCAAGAAUUUACGAAAAACAAAAACAAAAAAUAUCCAGAACGAAAAACCAGCCAUUUAAGGUCUUUUUUACAAAUUGAAAAAAAUACACCGAAUGGUGAAAAAUAAUAUUUGAAAAACAAAUUGAGAAAAAUCACACGAAAUUUCUUGCUACUCACCCCACCUAUAACAAAAAAUCAUGAUAUACAUACCUACCAAGAAAAAAAAAUGAAUAUAACCAGAAACUUUGAAAAAUGAAUUUUUAAAGACGUAAAAAAAAUUCAGAAAAGUGGAAAAAUCAAUUGAAUGUGAAGAAAAGAGAUUUUUAAAUAAGAGAAAAGAAAGGAUUUAUAUUUUAAGCUUAUCUUUCAAAGUUUAAUGGUAAAGAAAAGAGAGAUAGAAGCAAAGCAUAAUGUUUAAAUAGUCCCACAUAAAAAAUAGCAUGAUGUAGAAUUUAAAAAAAAAGAAGAAAAAAUUAACUUUUUCCAUCCCACAUCCCCACUAGAAAAAUCCAGAAAAAAUUUGGAUCUCUGGGCGAAUUUCCCAAUAGCGAAAAAUAUUAUUUUUCCCAUUUAAAAGAGAUUCACCUCCCACCCUUCACCCCAAAAAUGUGUAAAUAGUGGCCAAUGAUAAAGGCAAUACGGAUGAAAUACCGGAAAGAUAUCCAAACAAUGAAGAAAAAAAAACUAUCCAACUGUUGCUGUUCUUUUAACAUAAACACUAUAACUAAAAAAAAACAAAGCUAUAAUAACGUUUAAAAAAAAUGAGAAGAAAAAGAUAAAUGAAUCAUGAAAAUAAUGUAUUCACAAUGAUAACGAAGAAAAUAUGAUAAAAAUAUGUGUUUUAAAAGAAUCUUAAACUCUAUUUAAUGAAAAUGGUCUAAAAAAAAAACUUCUGCAAAUUUUUCUUUUAUUGGUCAAACGACAGAGAAGUUCUUUGCAAAAUUUACCUGUUUUCCUUUAAACGAAUAAAGUUUGCAGUAAAAAGUAUUUUUUCUUAUCCUGAUUGAAGCAUGGGAAAGAUCUUCUUUAUAUUUUCUCAAUUUAUUUUCAUGUGUGACGUUUCGAGGGCGUGGGUUUCUCUCUUCUUCGGGCAAUGAAUUGGCGGGAAAACAAAGUAAAUACAAAAAUCUAUCAAUACACAGUGCGCAAAAUCGAUCCACAUCAAUGCCAUGUAAAACGCAAACUUAUCAUUCUUUUUUUUUCUUAUCAUUUCUCGGGGUAAUAUUCUACAUCUCUGUAUAGGAGAGCUUCAUUACUUCAAGAUCGUCGAAAGAAAACUUGAAAAAAUAUUUUCUUUUGAGAGAAAAUUAAAGUCAAACUUUUUAGGUUAGAAACCUCGAUCCUCCAAUUGUUAAAUAAUAAAAAAAACACUUAAAUCAUUUUUUUUUCAUUUUUCAAAAAAAAAAUCUUGAAACAAGGGGUGUUUAUCUGAAUGAAAUUAUUCGGAUCUUCGGAAAUAUUCGGAAUAUUGGCUAAUAUUCGGUUAAUUUGCCAGAGAAAUCAAAAUAUUGAUUUUUAGACUCUUAAUGGCUUAGAUUGAGAAAUAGAAUCCUAAAAAAAUAUUUAUUUCAAACCUUAUAAGAACUAAAUUCAAAUUGAAUGGUAAUUUCACCCCUAAUCAUGCUAAAUUCAAGCCUAAAAGAGCUUAAAAUUGAAGAAUAAAAAUAUUUUUUAGGCAUAAAAAGGCAGAGAUUGAGGAAUAAAAGCGAAUAUAUAUUCUUUCGAAUAUAAUAAUAUUCGAAAGAAUCACAGCUAAGAAUAUAUAAUUUAGGCCUAGAAAGAACAAAAAGUAGUAAAUUCAAGCCCAAAAGCCCUAAAAGUAUUUGGUUUUCAACCCUAAAAAGGCAAUCUCAAAUCUCAAAAAGCUUUAAAAAAUAUUACAUAAUUAAUGUCUAAAAAAGACUAAAAUUGAAGUUUAAAAGGUAGUUAAUUCAAGCUAAAGAGUUGUCAAUUCGAGCCAGAAAGUAGUAAAUUUAACCCAAAAAAAGGCUAAAUUCAAGCCGAUAUUAUAUUUAGUUUUCAAGCUCAAAAUUUCAAUGAUCAAGGAACAAAACUUAUUAAAAAAAAAACUCAUUAAAGCUUAAAAAAGGACUAAAUUCUAACCGAAAAGUAGUAAAUUCAACCCAAAAAAGACUAAAUUCAAACCAAAAUUUCCUAAAUACGUUUUUUGAUUUUUUCUGUUUUGAAUUAAUCGGUUUUUAGCAAAAGAUGUUCAUGUGAAGUCAAAUAUUCAGAUCUUCGGAAAUAUUCGAAUGAUUCGCUUAAAAACACAAAAUAUUCGCCAGAUAAACACCCCUUGUCUUGAAAUUUCUCACAGGAAUUUCUAGAAAUUUUCCAUCAGUGCAAUCCAUUAGAAUCUAACGAAAACAAUUUCUCCCCAGAGAGAAUUUUUUAGCCACUAAUCUUGUGCUCGCCAAUUCAUACUACUAAAUAUUGCAAUGAGAAAAUAAAAAACAAAAACUCAUUAAAAUGUUUUAUCCUGACAUAAAUAGAUUUUCUAUUAUCCGGAGCUUAGAUUGGAAAGGAAAACCAUUAAAAAAGAAUAUUAGAAAAAGUUAAAUUCUUUAUUAUAUUUCUAAGAAAUUAUUUUUAUAUCUCUCAUUUUUCAUUUUUAUUUUUAUCUACGAAUAAAUCGCUUGACCAGUGAAAAGAUAAAUUUGCACUUAAAAAAAACUGUUAGAAAUGUGUGUAAUAUAUUUAAGGGACGAAAUGGAGGUUGAUAAAUGAUGUGAGAAAUCAACUAAAAAAAAGUAAGUUUAGCAAAAAGAGAGGAAGGAAGUAAAAGAAAAAAACAAGGAGAUAAAUGAGGAAAAAAUUGACAAUAGUUUUUGAACGUGACUAAAAAAAAAACCCUAAACAUAUCUCUUCGAUGGAAGUUAAAAAAAAAUCAUGGGAAAAUUGAUAAUGACUUUUUUUUUCUAAAUACUAAAAAACAAAUACUUAAAAAAUGUAUGUCUGUGUGUACUUAAUGAUGAAAAAAAAAACAUUUCAAUGUGUAUUUUACAUAAAAGAAAAAUUUGCCAUUGGUAAAAACAAGGGAAGUUUAAGAAAAAAAAAGCAAAAGAAACUGGGAAGAAAGAAGCUUUAGAGAGGAACAAGUUGCAUUGAAAAAAAUAAUAUUGUCUCUUCUAAAUGCGAUUUAAAAGAAUCUUUUCCUUGCAUUCUUCACCCACCUUUAAACAGUACCUUCACUGUUGAAAAUCUAUUUAGAAAAGAAACAAAAGAGAAAUAAACUUUAAAAAAAGAGAUUUAAAAAAAUAGAAGGAGAAAAUUUAGAUAAAACGCAUCUUUCCCCGUGAAAAACAAUUAUUAAAAAAAAAAGAAAAUAAACCCAUGGCAAAUCAUGAGGAGGGAAAUAUAAUAUAGUUAAAAGAAAAUUAGAUUUAAAAACAAACAAAAAAUAUAUCUCUGUGCGCUUUUUUUCUAACAAUUUAGUGAUUUUACUAAAAGCUGAGGAAUUAAAAGGUAAAAAAAAUAACAAUAAAACUAACAGAAAAAAUACCAAAAAACGUCUAUACUAAUAUAUAUCAUUUAAAAGAAAAGAAAAACAAAAUAAAAAAACCAUCAUUGUCGUCAUUUAAACUUCCUCUUUUCCCCACCCAAAACUACAUUUAAAUAAAAAGAAAAAAUCCAAAAGAAUUCACGUGUAAUUAAACAAAAAAAAAAUUAUUGUAAUAAAUGAAUAUGUAAGAGAAUUAAGAAGAAAAAAAAAGAAAGAAAAAAGUGGGUAAGCGUCAAUUAUUAAAAAAAAAAAUGUGCCUCUUAGAAAGAACUCCAGAAAAAAACCACAGAUUGGCUGAGGAAAAAGGAACCAAUUGAACCGACUCUUUCAUAAAAUCGUCAUUAAUUUAAAAAAAAAAUUAUUUUGCGCGCCAAAGAUUACAAAAUACAACCAAAAAUUAAAGUAUUUUGCAAAUUAAAAAAAAAAAUCAUCAACAAAAAAAUAUUUUCAUUUUUCUUAUGCAGACUCUUGAUUUUCCUCCAAGAAGAAAAUGAAGGGAAAACAAGGAAAAUCAAGAGAUGAAAUAUGUGCCAAAGUGUGAGAGUUUUUCUCAAUGAAAUGUGCUUCAAAUAAAUCUCCACAGCCCCCUUAGCUAACCCCCCCCCCUUCCCCGUGUCAACCAAUCUGUGGUGAAAUUGUAGAUGCUUAUUGUCUGAUAAGAAUUUUUUUUCUUAAAGAAAAUAGAAAAGAAAAUCAUAUAGAUUAAAAAUUGAACGUGAGGGAAAAAUAUGGUGUCGACAAGAAAAUUAUUUAUGGGAGGAUAUUUUGUAAUGAAACAUCCUUCAUUUUGGAUUUUCCAUUUAUUUCCUCUUCCUCCCCCAUUUAAAAAUCCUUUUAAAAAUAAAUAAAUAAUAUUAUUAUUAUCUUAUAAUUUAGAUGAAAUAAACAUUAAAAAAUACAUAAAGAAAUCAAACCCAAAAAAAAAAACGCAAACACAAAAAUUGGCACAACGAAUUUAAAGAAAUAAAUAAAAGAAUGAUUGAAAAUGUAGAAAUAUUUUACAAAACAAAAAGUAGAAUUAUUUUAUGUAGAAAUUUUUUUUCAAUGAUGAAAAAAAGGAAACUUCUUUUAGUGAAUUAAUUUCUUUGAGUUGUUAGAUGAAAGAAGGAAGAAUUGUUGUAAUUUCUCUGUAGUUAUUGUAAAUUGUAUCUAAAGAAAAAUCUUUUCAUUUUCAUAGACAAAAUUUUGUGUGAGAAGAAGAAAAAAAAUAAUCAAAUUUGUUAUUUAUUAGAAGAAGAUAAAAAAAAUCAUAUUAGACCUUUAAAAUUGAUGGAUUUUUUGUUGUUCGAUGAAAGAAAAAAAAUUAGUCAAAAAUCAUGACAUAUUUCUUUUGAUUCGAGGUCACAGAGUGCAUUUCUUUGAGUGAAAAUUCGGGAAAAAUAUUUACUAAAAUUUUGAAAAGAAAUUCAAUUCAUUAUUCAAAAUAUUUUUCUCGUUAAUUUUUAUUCUUCAUCUCCUGCCAAAGUUUGAUGAAAUUAUUAAACAAAAUUUGAAUAAUAAUUUUUUUUAAACACAUUCAUUAAUACAAAACACACGCAAAAUAAAAAAAUAAUUCUCACUCAAAAAACAAACUAUUGAUAUAAGAAAAGCCAAAAUAAAAAUAAUUGAUUUUUGUUGCUGUUUUUUUUUAGAGGAGAGUUUUAGCAAAACAAAAAGAGGCAAACAUUUAACAAAAAAAAAUUGCGACGGAUGAAGAACAAAAAAAAAUCCUAGAUGAUUAGUGGAAUAAAUAAAAUUGAAAAAAAAAAUAAUCAAAUUAUCGCAUAUUAACUUUAAAAAGAAAUAUUAAAACUAAUUGAAUAUAUACUUUACAUAAUUAAACAUAAUACACACAUUUUGAAUGACAGUAAAA